GUCUUCAGGAUGGACGUCCGUGAGUCAUGGUGUUCUACAGAUAUCAGGACUGAGACUUCUCCUGGCUAUAUAUGACUUAGAUGGAAACAUCGAGAGGUUGACACCAGUUAAGAGUCAACCAUAUCAUUGUGGAUCUGGAGUCACAAAUAGGACAAACAAGCAGCUUCUUGUAUGGGAUCUUGUCGAAGGCCUUUUGGAAAUAUUGAUGCGCCACAUCCACUGGGGCCACCGUGUCUAGCUUGUUCAUAUUAUCUGCAUAGAAUUCCAAAAGAAGUAAUCUGCUCUGACUGCCCCAGCGUCCAACGCGUUUUGAAAAAUUGCCAUCAAGAUUGGCGAAAAUCAUUUGCUGUGACGACAGUUCAUUUCUGUGGUUAAACAUGGAGGAGUGGGUAAUAUAGGAGAAACAAGAAGCCUCGGAAAUAAAUUUCUCCAAGAGACAGACCAAAGAUGAUGAGAAUGCAGCUUUUGGGGCAAAUCCUUCUUCUUUCUCUGUGUUUGGAGAACCAGCGAACUUCAGCUCUGAAAGCUCCGGGAAAAUGGAUCAAUCUGGACAUGGCAAAGAAUUCGGCCGCUUAUAUAUUCACCCAGGAAGAGACCACCGACCAGGCAGCAAUUGAUUACAUCAGAAAGGAAUGGCAAGACCAAAGAGAUUUUCUCCAAGUAUGGGAACUUGCAAACAGAAGUUUGGGGCACAAUUGCAUCAUACCACCAGGAUUGCGCAGGGAGCAUUUGAUAGCUAUUAACGCUUACACUCAAGAAUCCAGUUUAUAUAAGGAAUUUAAUGCAGCCACCAGAAAGUAUGGAGCAAGCGACGCCAUCUAUCAAACGAAAUUCCAUUUCAAAAGUUUCCAUUAUCUCCUCUCUGUAGCACUAGCUAAGUUUCAGCAAAAACAGCGCAUCACCUUCAGGGGAGUUCGGAUCCUAUUCAACGCUACAAAGGGAGAGGAAGUCCGGCUGGGCCAGUUUUCUUCGACCUCCUUAAUGCGUUCAAUAGCCAUUAGCUUCAUGAACAGACUGUCGGAUGCCAACACGCUAUUCGAAAUAAGGACCAAGCUGGGAGUGUUCAUCAGUGAAUUUUCGACUAUGAAAAGUGAAGAAGAAGUCCUCAUUCCACCUACCGAGGUCUUUGAAGUUGAAGACACGCCGCUGUGGGAAAAACAAGGCAGUAAGAAGUGGAUCAAGAUUAAACUAGCUUCGAGAGGGAGCAAGGGUAUCAGGGUGACAGUUGACACAUGCAAUGGCGCAUUCAAAGUCAGCAGAAGGAAAAGCAACUGCUCCAAACUUGGUCAGCGCUUACGAGGCAGAAAGCCGUCCUGGCUCAGCAAUAAGAAGCUGAUAGCUAACUGAUUAUAAAUGCUUGAUGAUAGAUAGUGCAUGGCGCAUACGGAUGGUAUAUACUUCAACUUUUAAAGUACAUUAUUGGUUAACAAUUCUCGCAAUAAUUAGUGCAUGGCACGUGACUGAUAACAGUGCAGCAUAUUUUUAUAUUGCAAGCUUAAUUAUCAAUGCUUGAUAAUAUGCAUAUUAUAUGACUGAUAUAACAUGCUCCAUGUUUCAUAUAACAUAUUUGAGUAACAAUGCGUGAUGAUAGAAAGUGCUCGUGAUUUAUGUUUUAUGCCACAUACUUGACAACAGGCAGAGCAUGGUAUUUAAAUUGUCAUGCUUGAUUAUCAAUGCUUGAUAACAGAUAAUGCUUGGCAUAGACCUGUAAGUGCACAAUUUCAGUUUUGUAUUAUAUGCUUGAUUAUGAAUGCUGGCUAAUCCACACUACGUGGUAUAUAACUGAUAGAGCACCAUUCAUUUUCUGCAUAACAUAAUUGACCAUCAAUGCUUGAUAAUCGUGCAUGAUAUACAGCUGACCUUGCAUGCAUCAUGUCUUAUAUAGCAUACUUGAUUACCAAUGCUUGGUCAUAAAAUGUGCAUGGUUAUAUUUGCUACUGCUUUUUCCUUUAUGACUGGUUAUCAAUUCUGGCUAAUCAGUAGUAUGUGGUACAUAAUUAACAGAAAAUGGUACGUGUGUUACAUAGCAUACUUGAUUAUCGAUACUUGAUAACUGUGGGUGGCACGGUGACAUAGUGGUUAGCUGCCUCAUAGCACCAGAGACCCAGGUACAAUUCCUGCCUCAGGCAACUGUCUGUGUGGAUUUUGUACAUUCACCCAGCGUCACCGUGGGUUUGUUCCGGUUUCCUGCCAAAGUCAAAAAAUGUGCAGGUUAGGUGAAUUUGCCAUGCUAAAUUGCCCUAUAGUGUCAGGUGAAAGGGUAAAUGUAGGGAGAUGGGUCUGGGUGGGUUGCUCUUCUGAGGGCCAGUGUGGACUUGUUGGGACGAAGGGCCUGUUUCCACACUGUGAGUAAUAUAAUCUAAUGUAGAUGCAGCAUGAUAUAUAAUUCAAGGUGCAUUCUUCAUCUUUGAUAAUAGUGCAUGAUAAAUAACUGGUACUACAUGACUCAUGUUUUAUAUGACAUAACUUGAUUAUCAAUACUUGAUCAUGGAUCAUAUGUAGUAUUUUUCAUGUUUUAUAUUAAGUGCUUGAUUACAAAUUCUUGAUAAUAGACAGUACAUGGUACAAAACUAAUUGUGCACUCCUCAUUUUGAAAAUUACUGCGAUUUAUCGCUAUGGCUAGUUUUAAAGAAGUUUGCUUAUGCAAGCCUUCUGUUCCCCGAAUAUCGAAGACUCAGCAAUCAUGAUUCAACACCUUGCUGCUGGCAGCUGACUAAUUGACAUUAGUUGAAUAACGUUGGAAAACAAUCACCCACACACUUGUCCCAAGCAGUCAAUCUAUUCUGAAUAAAUAUCAAUGUACUUAGAAUUCACUGUUGCAUGCCGCAUGUAAAGAGAGUUCAGAUAGUUUGGCAAACGGGCUCUGGCUGACAUUAGCCACGGUUGCCAUGGAUAAUAGACAUUUCAUAAGAAAUGACAGACAGUUAGCUGCCAAGCUUAAUUCAACUUUUAUACUGGCAAGUUGACUGUGAUUACUCCAGCACUGCACUGAAAAUGAACCAGAUAAUGUUUGUUCAACUGUAAUAGGAACAAUGCAUGUGCUGUCAUUUUUGUUGUUUUUUUCUGCAUAGCUCUGUAAGCCCUGAUGCACUCAAUAUUGGAAGAUUUUAUUAAACGUAUUGCAUUUCAGCAACACUCAAAUUUUCAAAUGUCAAAUGUUAGGGCGGCACGGUGGCACAGUGGUUAGCCCUGCUGCCUCACAGUGCCUGAGACCCGGGUUCAAUUCCCGCCUCAGGUGACUGACUGUGUGGAGUUUGCACGUUCUCCCCGUGUCUGCGUGGGUUUCCUCCGGGUGCUCCGGUUUCCUCCCACAGUCCAAAGAUGUGCGGGUCAGGUGAAUUGGCCAUGCUAAAUUGCCCGUAGUGUUAGGUAAGGAGUAAAUGUAGGGGUAUGGGUUGGUUGUGCUUCGGCGGGUCAGUGUGCACUUGUUGGGCCGAAGGGCCUGUUUCCACACUGUAAGUAAUCUAAUCUACCUUCAAAAAAGUAUCAUUACCAAUCAAUGCAGCUAAAGAGCUCAAUCAGAGAUCGUCGAGUGUCAUGUUAAUUCAAGGGUAGGAGAGUGUAUCUGUUUGAGAUACUCUUCAAGGAGCAGUGUGCACUUGUCAGGUCACACUGUCUGCAGCCACACUGUUGUGAUUCUAUUAAAAAAGAACUAUUGACAUUACGAUACUUACAUAGAUGUCUGUCUGUGUGGAGUUUGUCCAUUCUCCUCACAUCUACAUGGGUUUACAUCAGAUGGUUCCGUUUCCUCCCAUUGCCCCAAAAUGUGCAGACUAGGGGGAGUGGCCAUCUUAAAGUGCCCAUAGUGUCCAGGGACUUGCUGGGCAGGUGGGUUAACCAUGCUAACUGGAGGAAUGGGAAGAUAGGAUGUAAAAAUGUGUUUGAUUAGGAGCCUUUUCGGAGGGUUAGUGCAGAUUUGACGGGCUGAAUGACCUCUUCCUGCAAUGUCUGGAUAAGGAUCUCUGUGAAUUAUAACAUUGGUAAUUGUACAAUGUAGACUUCAGAACUUUAGCAAUUACUCCAGGAUCGAUAAAAAUGUCAACAACAACUGUUUGUGGAAUAAGUUCUUUCUGGAGAAAAAGGGACAAUGAAUUAAAAAUAUUAUCUAUCUCUGGGAAGAGAAGGAUUUCAACCUGCAUAAGCAAACUACUUGGAAACAGCCGACACUUUCUGUGACAAGGAACAGGAACGAGGUACUGAGAAGCUGAAUUUCACUUUUGGCAAGAAAUGCAGCGACACACUUAGUGGCCUCAGAAGUGUCACAAAUAAUGUCACACCAUGAGUUUAAAAAGAGAAAAUGCAAGAUGAAUUCAACUUCUUCAGCAGCAGAGAACAUUGUUGCAGAAGAGCACACACUGGAGGCACACAGAGGCAAAUGUUGCUGACUGGAAUCGUGGCUAAAAUUCAUCAUUGAUUGUGUCAUAGCCAAUUUGAAUUGUGAGGCUUAAUUUGGUUACACAAGAGGAAUUGUUUUGGUUGCUUUAUGCAAUAAAGCUUAAAUCAUUGCUUCAA